AAUAGGACAGAGACGUCUUCUCCUUAGCCCCAACAACAACAACAACAAUACUCCUCCACCGCCACCACCACCACCACCACCAUCAUCGUCACUCCAGAGCACUACCAAUAGGAAGGAGACCACCAUAACAAAACCGCCGAGCAUCCUCAAUGGCCUGUCGCCUGUCGAGUUCAUUGCAUCUUUUUCCUACAAAGGAAAAAGAAGGGUUGAUAAUAGAAUAGGAAAGGCAGAGGACCUUCUUAACCCCGGCACUCCUCCUCCACCACCGCCUGUCGUCAAGUAUAGAAAAGGGAGGAAGACAGCCGCCGCUGCAACCACCACCACCGUCAGACGGGUCAGCCGUUUCUUCCCUCCUCCUGCCGGGAACUUUAUCGUCGUUGAUGGCAAGAAGGAUAUCACUGAGAAGGGGAAAGCCCGUUCCGGUGGCGGGACCACCAGGAAGAGGCCAAGGACGACAGGCAACACAGGCAGCACUGAUGCGAACCGGCAGCCGCAGAAACGCAGCAAGGGGAGGAGAAAGCAACGCAGCAUCCAGCUAUCUGCUGAGGAGAAGUUUUCGGACGCCUACAAGAGAGUCAGUGAUCACGAUAUCUGGGAUGCUCCGCGGUCGUCCCACAAUCUCCUGCAAGAAAGACACUGCUUUGAUCCCUGGAGGGUCCUGGUUAUAUGCAUCCUGCUCAAUAAAACAAACGGCAAUCAG